UACCCUAUAUCGCGUUGGCAUAUCUUUUCUCCGAAAAAUAUAAUAUAUAAAGUAGCUCGAAGAUCAUGGAUAAGAAAGACGAAAUAGGAGACCCUCUCUGUUGUUGUGAAUAUAUCGACGCAAAGGGAGAAAGGAGUCAUCUAUUGGCCAUGUUUUGUGAUUGUGAAGAUUUGGAUGAGUCGUGUGACAGAUUAUUCACUGGGAGGACUAUUGGCAGAGCUAGGUUAGCCGCUGUCAAGGAAACGAUCCUCGACCGUGUACGUAUCCCAACAUUCCUAGGGCAAGGGGCGCAGCGUAUUGAUGACCUGCUUGACAUUUCCGCUCUCCUUCCUCUCAUCGCAAUACCCUGUUGGCUCUAUGUCGCAUCCUGGUGCCUCGAAUAUACCGUCUAUUCUUUCAUGAUCGUCCCGCUAAGUGCCAUACUGUACUCUCUACGAAUCCUAAAACGGAAGCACAGGACGAAAUUCUUCAUGAGCGUGACUUUGGUUUCUAUAUUCACUUUGUUCUCUUCCUUUGUCAUUCUCGUUACGGAUGCCACAGUCUUUGAGCUUGCUUGCCUCUCGAUCAACCUUUUACUCUUCUUCGGAGCUUUUACGUUGACCAAGGUGGCACCCGGGUUUGUCAAAUGCCAUCAGGAAUCUUCGGGAACGAGCUGUCAGGGAGACGAAGAAGAGACAAAAGGACAAGCACCCUCCCGUCUCACACAUCUCCACAAGAGCAGUGAAAGGGGACCAACGCUUGGCCGGAAUAAGGAGAAAGAGGAACAACUGACCAAUCAGAUGCAGGGACCCUCGGAUUGGUGUGCUGCGUGUCUGAUCGUGAAGCCAGCCAGAGCGGGCCAUUGUAAGAUCUGUGACCGCUGUGUACAUCGGUUGGACCAUCACUGUGUUUGGCUUGAUGUCUGUAUUGGCAAAGAUAACCACCGGUCCUUCAUCGUCACCCUUAUCCUAUUCGUCGUCGGUGGUUUCUGGGGAGUUUUGAGGGGGUCUUACUAUCUCUUUGAGGUCACUCAUGAUGAAGCUAGUUUCUUUGGAAUAUUGGAGAUCAUUUAUUAUGACCCAGAGCUUGCUAUCAUCUUUGUGUGCAUUCUGUACGGUGCGGUGGUAUGCCCUGCGGUGAUGGCCCUUCUCCUGAAGCAGUGCUUCCUCAUCACCCACAACUGGACUUACCGGGAGAGGAAGCUACUUCCUCGACAGCCAGGCGGCAAGGAACGCCUCCUGGAGCUAGAUCACGGCUUUGUGAACAAUUGGAUCAACUUCAUCACGAAGAAAGGGGGUGCGUAUAAAACCGGAGACACAAGGGUUGUUUGAUGGAGGGGUUGCUGGGCAAUCGGGAUCUCCAAUUCCAUUGUUGGCUGUAAAUGCAAUAGACCGUAAUAAUCAGUGGGACUACUACAUCUAUGUGCACAUGCCCAGAGUGUACAUGUACAGUCUAUGAACUUGCUUCUUCUCAUCCUUUAUCUGAAAUAUUAAACGCGCAGA